GUCAUCGUGUGUGUGUUUUUUAUGAAUGAAAGGAUCCAGCUCGCUGAUGGUGGACUGAUUCCGGGAAAAAAGGCGUUUAGCUCUCCAUUCCGUCCAAACACGGCCGUGCUGCGAUAACGCGUGUCAGACGAAACACCGUACCAGCGCUGAGAAUCGUUAACUGACCCAUAUUCACCUUCGUGCGAGGUCAGCAAAGACGAGAAAUCAACACCAGGUUUCAGGGACACAUAAAACCAGACAAUGACUUCAGACGGCAGAGCUAGUAAAGCCCUCAAGGUGAAAAGGGAAUGCGGAGAGAACAUCCCCGUGCUGAGCGACAGCGAGCUCAUGUCUCUGUCAGUACGUGAACUCAACAUGCACUUACGUGGUUUGUCUCGCGAGGAGGUACAGAAGCUGAAGCAGAGGCGGCGCACGCUAAAGAACCGCGGUUACGCUGCCAGCUGCCGGGUGAAGCGCGUGUCCCAGCGCGAGGCUCUGGAGCAGCAGAAGAAGGAGCUUCAGCAGGAGGUAGAGCGGCUCGGGGCAGAGAACGCCGGCAUGCGGCGCGAGCUGGAAGGUUUGGGUGCCCGUCUCGCUGCCCUUCAGCGUUUCGCCAGAGGUCUGGAGUCUGGAGGUGGCAGUUUACUGGCAACAACACCCCGUCUGAACACGGCCUCCGUCAUCACCAUAGUCAAGACCCCACAGCAGGUGCACAAUCCUAGAGAAGGAGCAUCCUAGAACAACGCCUCAACACACACAUAUUAGGUACACAGUAUGAUCGCACAGACAGACAGGACCAUGUAUACUUACAUAUACAGGAAGUACAAAUUGGGAAUUACAGACUCGCUUAUAUGUAUACAAGUCGUAUAUUAUGUCCAAGAAUAUUCUCAGUACUGUUGUUGUGGCCUCAAAUAUAAUGACAAGUGUAUUCAUCUGCACAAAAAAGCUAUAGGUAAUAAUAGCGUUAUGCUAUUUAUUCUGCGCAUUAUUACUGUGGUGAUACGUGAUCAAUAAUAGUCGUAAUACUUGUCUUUUGUAAUGAGGGACCAACAACAUUUCAGAAGCUGUUUCUUUUUUUUUUUUGCUGGAUUAUCUCUGUGAUUUAUGGGAGUAGAAAGUGCAGAUCUGUCGAUACAUGCAAUUGAUAUAUUUUAAUGUUUGGACAAAUGUUCCAACAGCAGACGUGAAAGCUAUACUAUUUGUGUUUGAAACAAAGGUAAUUUGUGCUGUGAUUGGUCUGAAUACUACUUCUAGUUUGGGGUUAUUCUUUUAAUCGUUGUGUUUUGUUUGUUUGUUUUGUUUUUUUGUAAUGUGUUGGUAGGUUCAUAAUGGUAAGUUAUAGAGCCCCGUUACUUGUAAUAAGAUUCAGUAUGUGUGAGGGUCACAUUUGUACUAAUAUUAGAGCGACUUGUUUGUAGUGGUAUUUUUGUAUUUAAAACCAAGACCAUAUAUGAAUAUAUAUAUAUUAUUUGCUAUUUAUGAUCGAAAAAAUUGUAUCUGAAUAUUUUGGAAAGCUGGAAUAUUACAAAAAAGGAAAAUAAAAAGGAAGGGGAAUCUGAGGAUGAUGUAAAAAUGGAGGAAAAAGAGGAAGAAGAGCUGACAGAAGAAGUGAGCAUUUGCGGUUCAUAUGAGAUGGAAAAAAAAAGGAGGAUAAGAAAGUGAUGGAAGGAAAGCGAAAGGUAAAAAUGAUAUCACAUGUACGUAAUAUUUAACCCGUGGUCAUCAAGAUGAACCUUGAUGACUACAAGCCUGGUUUUCUCCAGUAAAUGGGGUAAUACUGUAUGAUCAGGUAAUGAUCGGCCAUGUUAAACGUGGUGAUUUUCUAAUUGCGUGUAGUUGGCGAUGAUGUCAUGAUCAGUACUGAGAAUCUAACCUGGUAAUAUCAUACCCGUGACACUUGUGCUUCAGAACAACAUGCUGAAUGUUUUGUAAGAGCGCAAAAAAACAACAAAAAACGAUGUUUGUAUUUAUUAUCUGUAUUUUUCUAUGGUAAAUUCAUUGUCUAUUUUAUAUCAUUUAAUUGAAAUAAAUGUUGUAAAUAUUGUACAUAGAAUUACACGUGUUCAUUGAGUAAAAAACUAUCACAAA